GGAGAGAGGUUAGAUCUCACAUGAGAAGCCUCUGCUGCUUGGAAGAGAACUAAGAGGUCAACAGAUCCAAACCCACCAGCACAACAAUGAAGCCAGGCAGCUUUUUCCUCCUCACUUUGAUGGUUUUCUUUUUGUACUCAGGUGCUGCCACUGAAGCAAUAAAUGAACGAGAAUAUUGUCGUGGGUAUCCCAAAGGAGCAUGCACCAAGGAGUUUAAUCCCCACUGUGGCUCUGAUGGCAUCACCUAUGACAACAAGUGUCUUUUCUGCAAUGCAUAUAUCGCAAGUGGAAGAGUACUGAGCCUGAGGCACCUUGGAAAAUGCUAAAGACUAAGGAACAUCUAUGGAGGGAAAUGUCCCUUUCUCUUCAUGCCUCACUCAUACCAUCACCACAAAGAAAUAUAUUCUUCCUUCUGCUUAUACUCUGCUCUGCCAGCUAGUGAAUAUCUUGCAAGAUCUUAAUUUGAUUAGUCAAUAAAUAAGCUAAGCAGCA